CUCCGAUUUUCAACAUGGAGAAACUAGCAAGUGCAAAUGCUCAUUUUGCUCUCGAUCUCUUCCAAAAGUUCAGGGACGCCAACCCCACAGGCAACAUCUUUUAUUCCCCAAUGAGUAUAUCCACUGCAAUCGCCAUGAUCUUCUUAGGAGCCAGAGAAAACACAGCAACACAACUUGCAAAGACAUUUCAUUUUGACGGUAUUGAAGACCUUCAUUCAAGAUUCCAAACACUCAAUGCUAAGUUUAACCAGAGUGAUGCCACCUAUAUAUUGAAGGUUGCUAAUCGGCUGUACGGAGAGAAGACCUACAACUUUUUGCAAAACUUUUUGGCUAGUACACAGAAACUAUAUGGAGCUGAAUUAUCUCCAGUGGAUUUCCAAAAUGCUGCUGCUGAUGCCCGAAAGGAAAUGAACCAGUGGGUUGAAGAGCAAACUGAAGGUAAAAUCCUUGACUUGUUACCUGAAGGUUCAGUUAACGAAAUGACCAGACUCGUUCUGGUGAAUGCGAUCUACUUUAAAGGCAGCUGGGCAGAGCAAUUUCAAGAGGAGGAUACAGAGCAGAAGCCUUUCAGACUCAGUAAGAAGGAAAAGAAGACCGUGAAGAUGAUGUACCUGAAAAAGAAGCUUCCUUUUCGGUACAUCCCUGAAUGCAAAUGCCGUGUCCUGGAACUGCCUUACAAGGGAAAACAACUUAGUAUGAUCAUCCUGCUGCCUGAUGACAUUGAAGAUAACUCCACUGGCCUGGAACAGCUGGAGAAGCAGCUCACCUUAGCAACGCUCCAAGAGUGGACACAGCCAGGAAAGAUGUCUUCCUUCAAUGACGUUAAUAUACAUUUCCCUAAAUUUAAUCUGGAAGAAACAUAUGAUCUUAAGUCCAUUUUAUGCGCAUUGGGACUGGUGGAUGUCUUUGAUAGCGGCAAGGCCAAUUUGUCUGGAAUGUCAGGAUCCCGGGACCUCCAUGUGUCAAAAAUUGUUCACAAGUCAUGUAUCGAAGUGAAUGAAGAGGGUACUGAAGCGGCAGCAGCAACUGCUGAAAUGAUGGUGAUGUGUAGUUUGCCUAUGGAAGAGGAUUUCAUUGCUGACCAUCCCUUUCUGUUUUACAUCCGUCAUAACCCAACAGAAAGUAUACUUUUCUUUGGAAGAGUUGUUUCUCCAUAAGAAGUAAAACAAA